AUGGACUUCUUUCAAUCCACCUCGAACCCGUCUCAGUCUUCAUCUUCUGAGCGCUCAUACUCUGAGUUCUUGUCAGUUGAAUCUGAAUCUGAGGAUCCUCUUGCACAACUUGCGAAGGAAGUGGACCAGCAGCCAUUCACCACUAAUAGGAGCUUACGAAAGUCUUUAGAAGACCGUCGCCAAGCGCUUUAUAAAGACGAAACUCGGGAUCAGUACUUUGUUUUCACCAAGUACUGUCGAUUCUCUUUCAAUUCAGAAACAGGAAUCUUGAUUGUAAAAGUCAUGCCCAAUCCUCCGCACGAACUUGCAAUAAGGUCAUUUGAUCUUCUGGUCUCUCUCGAGCUGCAUGCGAUGAACGCCCAUCUUGACGUGUGGUCUUUGGGUUCAACGACAGUUACGAUUGGAAAUUGGCGAAAGGAGGCUGACUGCUGCUGGGGUCCGGUUUCGACAAAUACAAGGCUAAGUUUUGUUGUGGAAGUAGGGUUGUCAGAGUCUGCACGAAACCUUGCUCUUGAUGCACGCGGUUGGCUUGAGACCUCCUCCUCAUCUGUGAAACUUGUGGUUACAAUCAGCAUUAAACAAGAUGGCCCCGAGAUCAUAUUGCGCCGAUGGGAACUUUUUCCUGGUCGAUAUGGUAAUGUUACAAGGUCAUCCCCUCCUUCAGCGCGUUGUACUGCAUUCCUCAAAUUAUCUCGAAUCAACAACACAACAUCUGUUACUGGAGAGUCCUACAUGAAUGGCACAACUACAACUACUACACAGCUGGAUCUACCCUUUGCCAAGAUUGUUGGCCGCCCUCCUCAUCAGCCCCUGGAGAGAGAUUUAGUAAUAUCUGACCAGAAGCUCAGACAAUUUGCCGAGCAUAUAUGGACUGCACAGAGACUCCUAUAAGCUGUCUUGAUUAUGAUUCUUAAUCAGUG